AUGAGCAGUAGUGUCAAGUCGGCAGAAGCCAUUGACACAACCUCCGCUGAUGAGGCUCAAGAUGUUGUCUUUGAUACCGUCAACGCCGAGUAUACUGAAGCUGAUUAUAAACGCGUCCUCCGGAAAGCUGACCGUUUCCUGCUGCCGUUCAUGUGGCUCUGUUGCGGCAUUCAAUCGGCUGAUAAGGCGUCUAUCUCUACGCAAGCGACUUUUGGCCUACUAAAGGACACCCAUCUUGUUGGCCAGCAAUUUUCGUGGCUGACUACCGCGUUCUAUCUUUCCUAUCUCGUCGGCGAAGCUCCCUUGAACUAUAUCAUGCAACGCUUUGGAGUGAACAAGCCAUUGUUUAUCGCCUUGUUCUUCUGGGGAAUCUUCGUCCUCUGCAUGGCAUUUGCUCAAAAUUUUGCUCAGCUCGUAGUAUUGCGUUGCCUGCAGGCUUUACUCGAGUGUACUAUUGCUCCCGCUCUAGUCCUCCUCACAGGCUCUUUCUAUGUCAGUCGGGAGCAUCCCAUGAGAUCCAUCAUAUGGAGCACUUCAAACAGCGGCUUGGAUGUCAUAACGCAGCUCAUAAUGUAUGGCAUUGGCAGUGCUGCUCAGAAACACGCAAGCGGCUUUGGCCCAUGGCGAUGGAUUAGUGUUUUUCUGGGGUCAUGGACGAUUGUUGCCUCGUUUCUUGCCCUCAUGUUUCUGGGAACGCCCAGUGAAGUUCGAUGGCUAUCGGCAGAAGAGAAACGCAUUGCAGCGGCCAGAGUUGCCAGCAGCCAGACUGGGUCUGAUAGAGGCCAGAAGUAUGAAUGGCACUGGGACCAGGUUCGAGAUGCGUUUCGAGAUCCGCAACUCUACUUCUUCUUUUUCGCAUACAUUGCGAAUUCUGUACCUAAUAGCGGGACGGCAGCAUUUGGCAACCUCGUCUUUGUGUCUUUUGGCUUUAGCAACUUGGAGACCAUAGUCAAGUGCAUCAUCCCGCUGGACCUCGUGAGCAUAACGUGGUACUUGGUCAUUGGAGCCCUGACAUUAAAAUGGCCCCAUACCAGAUUUAUUUUCAUGAUCGUCUCAACUAUCCCUGCCUUUGUUGGCAUGCUGGCCCUGGGCCUAUUGCCUACGGAAGGCAUGUUGUGGACUCGAUGGGGUCUUUAUAUGAUGACCGCAACCAGCCGCCUAACUGGAUUGCUGUUGUGGACAUUGCUGCCGUCCAACGUAGCUGGGAGAACCAAAAAGUCCGUCAUCGGUUCAGUCAUGUUUAUUGCGUACUGUGUAGGAGGUGCUAUUGGUGUCCAGACUUUCCGAGCCGAGUGGGCGCCUAGAUACAUUCCUGCCAUUAUUUUGUGCGGCGUCAUGUAUGGGGUGGUUUGCGCUUUGUUCAUCGCCUGGCGAUUUUACUACGUUAUGGAGAACAAGCGGCGGGCUAAGAUGGUUAAAGAUAUGGGAAUGACGCUGGAAGAAUCAGCACAGCAAGGCAAAAUUAACGGCGAGGCUGAUAUGACGGAUCGGCAGAACAUCUAUUUCAGAUAUAGUGUGUAA